AUGGCAAAGAUAAGAGCGAAUUCCCAGUCUAUUAUCAUCAAUCUUGUAGCAGUAGUAACAUUGGUACGGGCACCAGGCGCAAUAGCCAUGGCAAGUGAUGGUUCAAAUGCUUUGCCGGUGAAAGACAAUAUAUUUCCAGAGUUCAUAAAGUGGCACGUGUACAUAGUGAAUGGUCUGAGCAACAACCAGAACUUGUUCACCAGAUGCAAAUCCCAAGAGGAUGAUCUGGGGACCCACAAUCUGUCUGGGGGGUCCAAUCUGACGUGGAGUUUCAGGACGGAGUUCUUCCACUCCACUUUAUUCUGGUGCCACCUUAGAACAGACACAGGUGUUUCUGCUGAGUUUGAGGUUUUCUGGUACGAUGACCGUCUCUUCCGGAAGUGUCAAUGGAAGAACUGCAUCUGGGUCGCUAAAGAUCAGGGGAUUUACCUCACGGAUUUGUCUCAGAACCGUGAUGAAUUACGUUAUACCUGGGAGGGACAUUGA